GGGGUGCGUUAACGAGAAGAAUCCCGGAGCCAUGAACAACCACCCGCUGCCCCGCAGGGCGACCAACGUGGGCUCCAUCCUCCUGACCCCGCAGGAGAACGAGUGCCUGUUCGGGUACCUCGGCAGGAAAUGCGCCACUCUGUGCUCGGCGGUGGUCCAGGUGUACGGCGCCGACCGGAGCUGCUGCUGGGCGAAGCGGUGCUGCGGAGUGGCCUGUCUGGUGAAGGACAACCUGCAGAGGUCCUACUUCAUCCGAGUGUUUGACAUCAAGGAAGGGAAAACGAUGUUCGAGCAGGAGCUUUACCACAACUUCUCCAUCAGCAGCGCCAGGUCCUACUUCGUCUCGUUUACGGGAGACACCUGUCAGAUCGGUCUGAACUUCGCCAGCGAAGAAGAGGCCAAAAGAUUCAGAGCCGCCAUCAACGACCUGCUUAACCGGCGGCAACGCAAGACGGAGAAGAGAGGUGACCCUAACAAUGGUCCAGCUCUGCACAUGGCCACGGUGGACAUCAAGAACCCGGAGAUAAACAACGUUCGGUUCCACAGCUCCCAGCAGCACCAGCAGCACCAGCAGCCGUUCCAGCUCAACAACAUGCGCGGCCACAGCGCGCCGAGCAGGAAGGACAAGAAGCCCAAAGGCAAGAAGAAGAAGCUCACCAAGGCCGACAUCGGCACGCCGAGCAACUUCCAGCACAUCGGUCACGUUGGCUGGGAUCCAAACACAGGUUUUGAUCUGAACAACUUGGACCCCGAACUGAAGAACCUGUUCGACAUGUGCGGCAUCUCCGAAGCUCAGCUGAAGGACCGAGAGACGUCCAAGGUCAUCUACGACUUCAUCGAGAAGAAGGGCGGCGUGGAGGCCGUCAAGAACGAGCUGAGGAGGCAGGCGCCCCCUCCGCCUCCUUCUCGCGGUGGCCCCCCCCCUCCUCCUCCUCCACCGCCACACAACUCGUCUGCGCCCCCUGUCCCCCCUCCUCCCCCGUCCAGAGGAGGCCGCGGAGCCCCGCCACCCCCACCUCCGUCCAGAGCCCCGGCCUCGGCUCCUCCCCCUCCGCCUCCCUCCAGACCGGGAACUCUGGGUGCCCCGCCUCCUCCGCCUCCCCCCACCAGGGGAGGUCACCAGCCCACUCCUCCUCCCCACCACCACCACCAGCCUCCUCCUAUCCCACCUCCUCCGUCUUCCCUGCACUCCUCUAUCUCCCCACAAGCCCCGCCCCUUCCACCUCCCCCGUUGGCCCAGCAGUCUCCGGUUUCUGGCUCCGCCCCCGCUCCACCACCUCCUCCGCCGCCUCCCCCUCCCGGCCCGCCUCCACCUGCGGAACUGGACGGCGGGGGCGGAGACUCUCCCCAUUCGCCGAGCCCCGGCGGCGGGACUGUGGCGCUGCUGGAGCAGAUCAGGGGAGGGACCCAGCUGAAGAAGGUGGAGCAGAACAACCGAGCGCCGGCCUCCGGCGUGGGACGGGACGCCCUGCUGGACCAGAUCCGACAGGGGAUCCAGCUCAAGAACGUGCCGGACCACCCGGAGUCUGGGACGCCGGCGUCGGCGGGCAUCGUCGGCGCCCUCAUGGAAGUGAUGCAGAAGAGGAGCAAAGCCAUUCAUUCCUCAGACGAAGACGAGGAUGACGACGAAGACGAGGACUUCGAAGACGAUGACGAGUGGGACGACUAGUGAAGACCCCCCCC